CAUCGAUCCGACCGACGUUUUAAAAAUGGAAAAACAUUGUAAUGGGCAGAACUAUUGUGCAAACAAACAAACAGUGUUUGAUUAAGCACGGAUUGCAAUCCAAAUAUAAUUGAAGCCCUAAGAACGCUGAAAGAAUUGUGAAGAUUCCUUGAGCGGCUGCCUAACUUAGCUUUUCGUUUCGAAAUUAUUUAGAUAAUAAGAUAAACAACAUAAUAUUACAAAAUGGAGCAAGACCUAGGUGGAUUAGAAAAUGCUCUACUUAAAUUAGAAGCAACAGAAACAUCAGAAUCAGGGCAAUAUAAUCACCAAGAACUUUAUAAAAACCGAGGGAAGUAUGGGUCUCAAGAGGAGAGACGAAAAGAGUUAUUAGAUUUUCAAAAAAGAAAUAGAUUGAAUAGAAUGGAUAAUCUUCGGGGCUUCAUGGAUCUAGUAUGUAAUGUUCAACAGGACAAACUUUUUAAACCACAUAGUAAGGUUAAAUAUAGGCCAAAUAAAUAUGUGGCCGGUUUUCAUAAGGCACCCAAUUCAUAUAAGAAUGUUCUGAUGCUGUCGGAGUGGCUGAUUGAGAAACCAGAGGACUUUGAAGAGAACUGGUUGAUAACACCAUGUCCCAAGAGCAUCAGAGUUUUAGUGGUUGCCAUUCAAGGAGUAACAAAGUGCUUUAAUAAAUAUGGCGUGUUCCGAUUUGAAUGUGAAACUGUACUGCCAGGAGGUAGUCCUAGAACAGGAAUGAAAAAUCAUAGUUGCAUGCUUGAUUGCUUUUAUAAUAAAGAAACAAAAACUAUGUACGUGUUGGAUCUUCUUGCAUGGAAUGCACAACCAAUGACGGAUGGAGAGACAGAAUUUAGGCAGUUUUGGAUGAAAUCCUAUUUAGAAGAAAUAGAUGGUAUUAAGUGCGUUUCUAAGUCGAAUGAACUGGCAUUUAAGAUGCUACCUAUGGUUCCGUGUACAAAACAAUCAUUAAAUAUGUUUUUCUCGUCGUAUCCACCUUGCUCCGAUCCAGAGUUUCCAGCACUCGAUGGAUUGUUAUUCUAUCACAAGAAAGCGCAAUACUUCUCCGGAGAAACACCUCUAGUUGGAUGGCUUUUUCCAUUCAUGGUACCCGAAGUUCUUGGACCCGAUAUACAAAUGAGACCGGAGUAUUUAGAAGGCACACCAAGUGACUAUGUCAAUCAGGCUGAUUAUAUACAAAAAUUCGAGGCUGAAGCAAGCAUAAAGAAGCGUAGAAGUAGGACUAAUAACUCGAUGGAUACUGAGUCAGUAGCUAAUAAUAUUGAGGUUGAUACACAUCAAAAGACACAAGAGAUAUCGGAAGGAAUGGACUCUGAAGAGGUUCUACAUACAGAUGGUAUUGAGAAAAUGGAUGCAGAAAAUAAACCUCUUAGUUAAUAAUUAAAUGAAAAUCUCUGUGAAUUAUAAUUAUUUUAUAGUAUUGUUGUUGACGAUGGUAAUUAUUAUCAUAAUAAAAUGAAUGCUUUUACCACUAGGUACCUACUAAAGAUUGAAAUAAUUUUAUACUUUUUAAACAAUUUGUUAUUUUUAAUGGAAUACGAUCAUUUCUGGGAUUAAUUAUACAAAUUAAAUUUGUAAUCAAAAUAUGUGAACGCUCAUUGGUUAAAAUUUAAAUAUAACAAAUUCCUUAGAAUUGAAAGAGCGACAUCUCAAGUCAAUUUCCUAAUAUGCAAUUAUUGGGGUUGGGCAGGUUAUCAAUUGUAUAGUAGAUCCUGUAGAUGGAGCCACAAACUGAGAGUUGAACAAGAUAUACCAAAAUUUACGACCCAUGCGUACUUGAACAGUUGGCUCAGUUAGAAAGAGCGCUUGGACAGAACUGGAGAGGUCGCGGGUUCGAGUCCUGCAUCGUUCAUAAAUUUUGGUUACAAAUUUAAUUUUUAUACUUUUUUUUUUUAAAUACGGACAUGAUACAGGAAGUAGUGACAAAGAUUAAGAAAAACAGUUGAAAGGCGAUCAAGUACACCCAGUCCUUAGGUCGUUUAAUGUUGCUUUAUGACUGAUAUAGCACCUGUUUAUGAGAACAUUGAUUGAUACUCAAUGACGUUCUAUACAAUAUAAUAUAGACAAAUCAGGUCGUAUAAAAAAAGCCGAAAUAUGGAAUCUAUACAUUGCCGCAUUUACUCCAGUUGCUUAUAAUAUUCUUGGUCAAUAUUAUAAUAUAGUUCUAUUCUAUUCUUCCUACUAUGGCUCCUGUGGAAGGUUUGCCAAUGUCACGUUAAAGAAGACCACCAAUUUUUGUAUUCUAAUUUGACUGGUAGUGAUCGGUGGUAAAGAUUGAAACAAGUUUUAUUUUCUUAUUUUAUACCUGAAACAAAUAUACAUGCUGUUAGACUAAAAAGGACAUACACAAAUAUAAUUACAUAAAUUAUUACAAGUAUUUAAUGAUAUUUACAACUUAAUCUUAGUCUUUUUAAUAUAUUUACACAAAAUAUUUACAAAAGGAGUGUAAAACUAGGGAGUUAAAUGUCUCCUUUAAAGGAAGUUGGGCGGGGGGAACUUCAGCAGGUAUAAAAUUGUACAAAGAAGGUUGCAUUAAAGGACAAUUGAAGAACAAUUGAACAUUUAUUUAGUUCAUAUUUGAUUCGGACACUGACAGUUGACGUAUGACUAAGGAGAAUUUACAUUGUCUUUAGGCACACUUUUACCGAUUCGCAAUCAGACUGCGAAUUAUUU